GAUGUUGGGGGGCGGCGGGGGGCACCUCCAUGUUGAAAAUAUAUCUAUCCUGUGUGUGUGUGCGCGUUCUGGGCUCAGGCAUGGCUUCCCGACUCCGUCGCCAACGCCACACGGACCGAUCGACCGGACCUCUCUGAGCGGCGCUCACUGGACACCAGUUUGCAGGAGAGUCGCUGAGGCGACGAGGUGUCGCGGCGGGGCUUCGCUUCCAUUCCCGCCGAGGCGCUUACUUAGCGGUGCGACGCGCCGAUGUUCGACAGCGCUCCUCCAUUUCAGGAGAGAGCGGACGCAGCAACCGCUUGCUCCUGUUUCUGCGCAGAAACACACACACACACAGAGAGAGAGAGAGAGAGAGAGAGAGAGAGAGAGAGAGAGAGCGACGCGGCGGCUGCACAUUAUCAUUGUUCCGCGUUUCCCGGCUGAGGCGGCAGAGCGCAGGUCGGAGCCUCGGCGCCUCUGCUUUCCCGCGCUGCACAUCCAGCACAAACGAGGACGCGUUUAUUUUCCCUGCACCUCAUCCCUCGUGCUCGAUGGCCUCUCGGCGGUGAAAUAAAGACUCGGAACGCACAAAGAAGGAAGGAGGAUUAAAACGAUGAGACCUUUGAAACGAACGUCACGAUUUGUCAAGCAACGCUGGUGUAAUGUGAACUCUGGCCAUGGGCAGAUGAUGGACGUGGAGACGUCGUACUCGGAAUUCAUCUCCUGCGAUCGGACGGGUCGCAGGAACGCCGUGCCUGACAUCAAAGACGAAGCAGCCAGCGUGGGCGCCGGCGAGCUAACCAAAGACAUGUCCGAGAUGAGCCUGAAACCCCCAGAGGGGGAGGGCCCUUCUGAGACUCCGCCCCCAGAAGCGGACGGACCCAGGAGCGAGGAAGCGCAGGCUGCCGAGAACACCUCUUAGGCACUCGAGAGCUUGUCCUGCAGCCCACCCCCAGCAAUGCUUUCUCCUGCUCUCCGGACGCACACUGUGUCGGCGGUCCCUGGGAUCCGCCCCCGAACGGCCGAGAGUUGCGGGUUCGCGUCCAACAACCGUUUCUGACAAACGCAGAAGGAAAGAGCCGCUGGAAACACCGCAAAACCAAGUAGGUCAAGUUGGUCAACGAGAACGAGAAGCAGAAUGGCCUCAAGUGUCGCCGUGGAUUUGCCUCUUAACACUUUGAGUUUGUGCAGAAAAACUACUCUUCUGCCCUUAGUUUCCAUCCUUUGAUCAGCUACUGGGGGAGCAACGCAGUCACAUUAAACACUAUCAAGCACAGAACUACCAAAAAAGACUACAGUUAUUACCUGUUUUGUAUGUAUCUGUUUUUACCCAUAUAUAUAUAUAAUAUACAUUGUUUGUUUUUCAUUAUCUGAAUGCUGUUUAUGCUUACAUUUGUUUUCUGACCUGCCUUUUACUAUUACAAACAUUUGGGUAGCAGUCAAAAUGUAAUGUAGGGAAUAAUAUUUAUUUAA